CCUCAGCCCCAGCUCUUCAACCUGUCAGGUGAGUCGAUAAUCAUGGCGACACAGCAAAUAAAUCCGAAGAAACAACAAGAGCUCCAGCUCCAAUAUUCUACAUUCAAGAACACUCUACAACAACUGGCACAGAAAAUUGGAGACAUAGAACAAGAAACAGAAGAGCAUAAACUUGUCAUCGAGACUCUAGAACCUCUUUCCGGAGAUCGAAAAUGCUUCCGCAUGAUAAAUGGCGUUCUGGUUGAGCGAACGGUCAAAGACGUGAUCCCGGCCCUGAAGACCAAUUCGGAUGGGCUAAAGCAGGUUCUGGACGAGUUAUUAAAGCAGUAUAAGACGAAGCAGGAUGAGAUGGAUAGUUGGAAGAAGAAGAAUAACAUCCAGGUUGUCCAGCAGUGAGAGACUGGAUGAAGUAGCCUUCCUAAUAAGCGUUACGUCUACAAUUUUACACGAUAUCCAACGAAGAUAAUCUGGUCCCAUGGGACAGCUCGUAUGUGCGAUCACAAGGUCGUUUUUCGUCCGCCCACGUUCCGGCUCGGGUUCCAUAAAUCUUUCCAACGAUACCCGGAAUAGUUUCAUCCGAAGCCCUUCGGAGCACAGAUCGAGUUGCAAUACUGAAUUGAUAAGGUUAUUCCACAUUGGGGCUUUGUAUCAACAGAUAAUCUCUUGUCUGCACCCGUGCCUGACAGCUGGCCACCGCCGAAGGUGGGUGUGAUGUUGGCGAUAUAACUGCAAAAAUAAUAAAAGGAAUAUAUGUAUUCUG